AGGUACAGCAAGCAGCGGAUAGAGGCCACAGCUACGAGGGAGAGUCAUAUGUUGACAACAUGGAUGUGCAUGUCGAGGCACAAGAGGUUGGUCCAGCCGCCAAUGAGCUUCGGGAACGGAUACAAGAGCUUGAACGCGAGAAAGAGAGACUUCUCAAGUCUGUCGAGGAAGCCAAGUCUGCUGCCAUGUCGAAGGCUGGUGAAAUAGCCAUAGUCCGUAGCAAGCACGACAAGGUUACAAAGGAGUACGAGCGACGGAUUUCCGUCAUGCAGCAGGCUCAUGCGGAUGUUGUAGCGAAACAGAAGGCCGAAUUGGAGAAAACCAAAAAAGACAGGGAAGUGAUCGAGACCAACAAUCUGUUCCUGGAACACGACUUGGCGAGAGAUGCCGCCAAGGCGAAACAGACCAAGAAGAACCUGAAAGACGGAGCUGCUGUUAAAGCCAAGGCUGGGCCAGUGAGCCAGGCAGUCACUCCCAAACGACAUAAUAAGGUCCUGCCUUUCAGAGAUGGUUUUGACGACGACGAUAUUGUCCUGGUCUCCCCGUCGAAGGCUCGAGAUCGCCCUAAAGCUGCCACGCCAAAACAAGGAGGGAAGAGGAAACGGCCUGUGAUGGACCAGAGCCCUAUAAAGCCAUUGCAACUCAGUGAGCCCCGCGAGAAGGCAAAGCCGCCAGUGGUCCACGAAUCACUGAAUCAACAGCUUCAUCUCGCUCUGCUAGCGAAGCUUGAGAAGGACGAGCAUCGUUUUGAGUUUAUGCGACGGCUUCUUAACCAUCGACCGAGGACCGGACAUGAGCGGACGUUCGAAAGCCUCACCCAAUACGCAUUUCCUUCCAACCCGAGCAAGAUGCUAUCCUCCUUGGUAUACGAUGACUUAGCUACAUGCACCCCCGAAUCGCACGUCGAGGAUUUUGCCCAGAAAUUUUGUUAUAUCUUUUUCGAUUUGUGGGAGCAAUGUUUAAAAGAAACUUUCUACACGCCCCUCUACCUUCUUGUGGACACGAUCAGAUUCAUACUGGCUACCGAAAAGAUGGGAACUGCAAUUGCGAUUACCGAGAAGGCACUACCUCUGAUUCUUGCUUCGGUAGAUCUCGUUGCUAUUCCAAUUGCGAGGGCUUCAACGAAUCCGGCUUUCAUUUCCGACCGGGAUGCGCCGCCGCAAGGAAAUCUUCGCAGUAAAAUAAACGUCUUGGAUUGUCUGUCUCUUCUUCACACCAUUGCUACAAGUUGCGUCACAUCCUCGGAAGCUAUCUCCAAGUUUUGGCAAUGCGUGCCAAACGAUUUUGUGUUGCUCAUGCUUAUGAAGGCUCAACCACUGGAUCAGAUCAUGCUCAUGCUUCGAAUUCUGAGCACUAGCGCACUUCCGGGCACCGUUGGUGCAAUUGUUCCAGUCGACUCUGGGCCAGAUCAACAAAUCAAGCGAGAGACUGACACAAUAGACCGUCUGACCAUCUUGCUCUUCGAGACUCCCGAACCCCUACAAGAAAGUACCAAAAGCAGUGCGUACGACCCUCCGUCUAUUUGCGAGCUACGCAUUCAAGUGCUCCGCGUACUAGGCGGACUAUGCGUUCAUCAAUAUGGUGGACGAGUCCUUGCGAAGCAUCGUCAUUGCAUUGGCCGUCUCGUUCGCUUUAUGCAUGAUCAAAUCGAUGCGCUAUACAACUACAGAACACUCACUCAUUCUGCUAUUGUCGACUCGAUCAACAUUUCUAUGCGCAUCUUAUACCACCUGGCUACUUCCUUUCCGGACGAGGUCGACAUGAGGGCGAGACUGAGUGUGAUCCAAGGCGGAAUUCACAAGCACCUGGUCGCCUUGACCCGUCUCGCAUUCAGCGACGCUAUAGUCUUGGAGGCGGGCAUUGAGGAUGAGGUAGUAGAUGCGGCACACCAGUUACUGGAGGAGUACUUAAGUCCAGAGGAGGGAGAAGCGCUGCUUCAAGUCUUUUCUAGCGGUAGGAGUGUUGGCUGAUUCAUAUUCUUAGCAAGCUUCCAUGGUAUGUAUCAGUGGAUCGGAUAUCUUGGGAAGGGUCAGGCGUUAGGAACAACUCAAAAGGGCAUAUCUUAAAGUUCGUUUCCAGGAAUGAUCUGCAUAAUCUGGCGUCAAGGGCGGACAUUUGAGAGACUCUGCAACAUUAGUAUUAGAGUGGACUAUAGGGUGGUCUGAAAGAUACCAUAUGCAUAGGACACGAGCUGCUACUACGGUAAAUAGGAUACCUGAAGCACAACACUAAAUAUACAAUACCACGUCGCAUAUUCGUAUUUCAUUCCUACCACUUAUACUUGCAAAGGCUGAGACUGUCUUGUUUGAGAAAACAGCUAGGCCCCAUGGUAGAUUGAUUGGAAAUAAGCAUUCCAGCGACCGAAAGUUGUAAAGAUCAAUGCGAAUAGCACUUAUCCACAUGGA